AUGACUGAAGACCAAGGAGCUCCCGCAAAUGAACUCAUGUUAUCGUUGUGUCGAAAUGACCAAGAAGAGGACUUGGAGAAGUUACUGGAUGAAGGAAACUGCGAUGUCUCCUUUACAGAUGGUGCAGGAAAUACAGCUGCUCAUUACGCUGCAAAAGCAGGAUCUAUUGGAUGUCUGGAAGUGCUUGUCAAUCAUGAUGAUAUUGACCUCGAUAUCAAGAACACUUUGGAGGGACAAACUCCUUUGCACAUUGCUGUACAAUAUGCAAAUCAAGAUCAUGAAAUGGCACUUGCCAUGGUGGAGUUGUUGCUAGCUGGAGGUGCUGACCCCAAGAUCGCAGAUCGCAGUAAAUUAACGCCCAUCAUGUUGGUCAACCCCAAAUACCAAGACAUCAAGGAAAAAUUAGACGAAGCAAGUGUUGCUAUUGAUUUGGAUGAUUCUGAUAUCGCCAAUGACGAAGAUGUCGAUGAUGACGGUUCUGCCUCCGAGUCAGAUUAA